UGCAAAUCAUAUCAAUAAGAAAACAUGCGCGAUACCGGAGUAUACGAGUCUCUUUAUCUAUGUAAGCAACGAAAAACCAUUCACCACUGUGUCUGUGAUAGAAAGGGAACACGGUGGUAUACCCAUAAAUCCAAACUCGAAAGGAGUAAUAAGGGCAAUAUAGAAAGCUAAAAACGCAUGCCAUAAUCUGUCACUGAUUAAACGUAAAAGAAUGCUAACAAAUAAUAUUCAUAUGCAAAAUCAUAUAUUCACUCACAUACCAACAAUGUUACCUUAGAAAAACUCAACAAUUGGAACACAUACAAAGCAAAAAUACAACGAUACAUUUAAAAUGUAGUAAUUGAUAGGAUAUAAUAUAAUGGGUGCAAGAUAGAAACAGUUUAAGAAUUAGUUAGAAGUUGGUUAGCUGAUUGGGUUGCCUUUAUAAAAAGGUAGGGGUUCUGGUGGCAGAAGAGCUUUUGGAUAUUCUUUGUGUGUAGAUAGGAAGUUGUUCCCGUAGAGGAAGAGUGCUCUCUUGAGAUUUAGGUGUUGUACCAGUGUAUUUUUUAAUUCCAGAUAGACUUGUCAUUCUAAUCUAAGCCCCUGGGUCGACCCUGACGUUUUCUAAAGUUAGAUCCUAAUUUUUUGGCAUGACAAGUGAGCACUAAAUUUCUUGUUUUGUUGACAGCGAGUUAUUAUUAGUAUGACAGUGAUGUGUUUCUUCUGUUUUUUUAUUUUGCCUUUGGCUUGGUUUUGUGAUUCAAUCUUUUAAGCUUUUGUUAUUCUGCGCUGGAUAAAACGGUUUCGAAGGCGGAUACACUGCAUUGUGAAUUAUUCAGUAAGUUUUUAACACUCUGAAAACAGCUCUUUUAUUCAUUUGUAAAUCGCACAUUGUCUUGAAGGCUUUUUGUCAAGGUUCUUCCCAAAAUUGUGAGAGAUGGAUUGAUGGGAUAGUUUCUUGAACUUGUUAACAGGGCAUAUGUUAUUUGGUACUUAUCUACGAAUGCACAUGUUAACAUUAGAAUUUUCUGAAUGUAGAAUCUUCCAACUCUGCUAGAUCUUAUACCAGUUGUUCACUUUUAUUUGCAGCGUGUCAAUUGAUAUAUAUAUAUAUUUAAUAUGGAUCCUAAGAACUUUUUCACGACAUCAUUUUUCGGUGCACUUGAACAAAAUACAGAAGAGGGUUCAGAGAUAUAAUAGACAAACCGUGUCCAAGACAGAGCGAUUGAUAUGCUUUGAUAUGCUUAAUGCACAAUUUUUCCUUAGCUUUGGUUUAUUUUUUUUAAUAAAUAACAGAGCGAUUGAGGUGAUGGUUGAACCACAAGAAAAUGUUAAUCCAAUCCAAGAGUUAACCUUGAAACAAGAAAAGGGUAAUGGCGGGUCCUCUUCAGAACAGAUUGGGGACAAGAAAAAGGGAGGGAGGACGAAAGCUAACCCUGAAACAGAUCUAGCAAAAUCAACUGCUACCGAUUUGGACAGAGUAGUCGAAAAGGAUCCAAGGGAAGUUAGUAGUCCCUCUCAACAAGAAAAUCCUGAUGUGAAUAUAUCUCCAAAGUCGGUCAUGAACAAUGGUGUUGCAUGCGCUUUAACUAAUUCCAAGUCCAUUAAAAAGCAAGAGGAUGCUGAAUGCUCUAAUCACUCUGAAGGUUUAAAUAUAUCUGGUCAUGAGGUGCGUAAUGAUUUAGACUCUGAAAAAGUUGACAACAGUAAUGAUAAGGAAACUGAGAAAAAGCUCAAAAACAACAGCAAGAAAGUGUCCAGUUCCCCUCACGUGGACCAUUUAGUUGAAGCAGCAGGACCUUCAGAGAAUGACAAAGAGGUUGAUGCUAAGACUUUAUCACCAACGGUAUACAACAAUGAAUCUGAAGUUGCUUCUCCACAAAGUAAGAACCUCCAUGGUGGAGGGAAGACGAAAGCUAACCCUGAAACAGAUCUGGCAAAAUCAACUGCUACUGAUGUGGAUAGGGAAGUGGUUUCUUCUCCAAGGCCUGGUACAAAAUCAACUAAAGAUGAAAGUUCAGAGGAGACUCCCAAGACAAAUUUGAAAAGGAAACACAGUUCAGGAAAAGAAAAUGAGUCUGAUGUGAAGGACUAUGGUGAAAACCUUUAGGAUUGUGAGUUUUACAAAGGUGUUAUUCAUUUUUCUUAUUCUGGCAAAAAGAAGCGCAAGGUCUUGUACGAUGAUGGUGAUGAAGAAACAUUAAAUCUCGGGAAAGAAAAGUGGAAGUUAAUUGAAGUGCAGAUGAAGUUGGUCUACGGCAUUUCUUUAUACACCAAAUUUUUUCUGCACAUAAAUUAAUGACAAUUAUUUCUCUUGACAGGAAGGACAAAGUGAACGUGAAAGUCUUGAUGCUUCCACCGAUAUGAACUGCAACUGCUCGUCGAUUGAACCCUGGAUGUUUCUCCUUAUUUGAAUGUUAUCGAAGGUGCAAAGAAUGACUAACAGUGAUAUGUCGUCCGCUAAUCUCUCAUGGAGAAAAAUUGGAGUAGAUGAAGUACACAAAUGCGAGUCCUAUUCAAAUAUCAAGAUGUGCUUGAAGUGGUUGAAGGCGAUCAUCAAGAAUUUCCUGCGGGUGUAGCUGAUGAUCAGAAGGCCGAGGAGAGAAAGAAAGACAAUAAAGCGUUGUUCAUUAUUCACCAAUGUGUAGACGAUGUUCACUUUGAGAAAAUUCAGCAUGUGAAGACUACGAGGGAAGCUUGGAGUAUCUUGAUUAGGUGUCAUACUAGAGGUGAAAAGAUCAAGAAGGUCAAGUUGCAGACGUUAAGGAGGCAGUAUGAGUUGAUGAAGAUGAUGCAAGGUGAUAGAGUGAGAGAGUACUUUGACAAAGUGAUUGCCAUCACCAAUCAAAUGAACUCAUGCAGCGAAGUCAUCACGGACUUAAUGGUCAUUGAAAAGAUCAUGAGGUCUUUGCCUCAAAAAUUCGAUUACAUAGUUGUGGCUAUAGAAGAGUCAAAAGAGCUUAAUAAGAUGAAGAUAGAAGAAUUGCAAAGCUCCUUGGAAGCACACGAGAUGAGGUUGUUUGAAAGAAAUCCAAUUAGGAUUGAUGAACAUGCAUUAAAGGUGCAUGAUUCCAAGAAUGAAGAGAAGAAAACAUUCGAGAAAUGGAAAGGCAAACAUGGUAAAGGGAAGUGGAGAAAUGAUAGAACCAAAGAUGAUCAAGAUGAGUCUUCAACAGAGGAGGAAGGCAAACCAGAUAAGAACUUUCACAAGAAAGACAAGAGGAAUGUUGAAUGUUUCAAUUGUCAUAAGU